UGGCGACCACCCCCGGGGGUUGUCAUGGCGACGGGAUGCGGAGGGGAGGGGGGAGGAGGAGGAGGAGGCGGCGGCGUCCGAGGGAGGAAAGAGGAAGCCACUGGUGCUGACAAGAGGCUCCCCCACCUCCUGCAUCCAUGGCAUUUGCUCCUCCCAGGAACACGGAUGGCUCCAAGCUGCAGAUCAAGAUGAGCACGUGGACCCCUCUGAACCAUCAGCUCAUGAACGACAAGGUAUUUGAAGAAAGAAGAGCCCUCCUUGGAAAAUGGUUUGACAAGUGGACAGAUGGGCAGAGGAGGAGGAUCCUGGUGGACCUGCUGGAACGCUGCUCCCUGGCACAGCAGAAAUUCUGCUCCAGGCAGCUCCAGGACCGAAUUCCCACCGAGGCCGUGGAUUUUACCACGAGGCUUCCUCGAGUCCUGUCCUUGUACAUCUUCUCCUUCCUGGACCCACGGAGCCUUUGUCGCUGUGCACAGGUGAGCUGGUACUGGAAGUACCUGUCUGAGCUGGAUCAGCUCUGGAUGCUGAAGUGUCUCCGUUUUGGCUGGUACAUCAACUUCUGCCCAACGCCCUUCGAGCAGGGAAUCUGGAAGAGGCAUUACAUUGAGAUGGUGAGAGAGCUGUGGAUCACCAGGCCAAAGCCUCUUCCCAAGGAGGAAUUCACCGUUGUCGACGUGCAACCCAUCGGAAAAGACGCCCCGGAGGCAAAACUUCCCAUGCACGGAAGGAGGAGAACCAAGGAGAAGAAAGAGCUCCCCCCUUGGCGCUCAUCCGACAGACACCCCACGGACACCGUCCGCUACAACUACCUGGACAACUGGGACCCCAUCGAGCAGGCGAGGCAGGCGAGAAGGAAGGGAGGAGGGGAGACCCCAGACCUGAGCCGACAGGCAGCCGAGAGGAAAAGGAGAGCGGGACGUGCAUCCAACCAGCUCCGGAAGGAGAAAUCCCUGACGUGGCUCCCUGCAGAUCCUGAGUGUCUUCCAAAGCCGCCAGCUCGUCCCAGCUGGGCCGCCCAUCGCUCCGCUGGGAACCUGCCCCCCAAGGCAGCGGCAAAGGCCCUGGCCCAGAGCUCCCAGUGGAACGCCGGGAUACGACCGGCACCCGUCCGAGCUCCGAGACCAAAGCCACGUGGGAGAGGGACUGGAGAUGUCACCAGGAUGGAGAGCAGAGCUCCAUGUCACAUCUCCAGUGUUCGAGGCUCAGCCCUGGCACAUUCCUACAUCCAGCCAAGGAUCCAACUCGGAAUGAGGGAGGAUCCAGAGUGUCCUUCAUCCAAGCUGGACAGAAACUUCUCUGCCUGGUAGUGGGAAAACAAAAUGUUGCUGCUGGUCUUUGGGAUCUCAACCUGGUUUCCCGUUGCUGGUGCUUUAUCCUCUUUUCCUUCUGGAUGUGUCACCUCUGAAAUGUUCACUUGGAAU